AUGGAUUGCUUUGAUCCAGCGACAAACAAAAGAAAAAAAUGCGACGAUUUUGGGACACCUGUGCGACAGAGAAGUCAGGCCAACGCGCGGGAGAGAGAUAGAACGCACAGUGUAAACACGGCCUUCUCGACACUUCGCACCUUGAUUCCGACCGAACCGAAGGACCGAAAAUUGAGCAAAAUCGAGACUUUGAGACUGGCUUCGAGUUAUAUCUCGCACCUGGGGACCCAGUUAAUGGCAGGGCCGAUCGAGCAACCCUGUCUCAGGCUGACCAACAAACUGGAUAGAGUUUGCACGUUCUGUAUAGCCCAUAAGAAAUCGCCCGGUAGGGACCUGGAUUUUGGAAGCGACGAGAUUUUACUUAAUCCGGCCUCGCCAAACGUAAUUUUCGGACCCAACGACCUCACCGCCAUCUAUUAUUAA